UUCACUUUCUGAUUACUGGAAGAGCAGUACAGACAGACAGAUCAAGUUAAGAUAAUACGACUUUGAUCUGGUAUUUGACGACGCUCUCAUCCAAACCUGAUGUUUGUGACUACUUUGUUUAUUUUCUGUCUUGGUUGACAUCGUGACAAUAUUGUGCGAGUUGAAGAUGGAGAAGUUCUUUACCAUUCUGACUGGGAAUACACUGGGGUCUCAUGAGGAAAUAAAUCGCCGGCUCACUACAAAAGGUUUAACGAAGGUGACGUCAUCGGCGGAGAGUGAUGUCAUCAUUGCUUUCUGUCCCAUUGUCUCUCGUGCCGGGACUGAUAUUGAAGCAGCACUGCAGCAGAUUCCUGCUGGUAAACCUACCAUUUUGGUAGUGAAGCAUCACACCUUCAACCCAGACUACACGGUACCUGACAGCAGCAGACUAGUGACCAGAGGUGAUGUAAUACUCACAGUGGACUGUCUCUUCCAUGAGAGCCAGGGAAUAUUGGAGUGUCAUCGCAAUGAAGCAGCAUUCAAAAAGAUUGUGGACAUAAUACUGCCAAUGGAUGACUGGGAGAUUAUUGAAGCCAGUGAAGCCGGUGAAGCCAGUGAAGCCCUUGAGCAUAAAAUCUUGGAGCAGGAUUUUCCAAAAGAGUUGAAGAUGGAGAAGUUCUUUACCAUUCUGACUGGGAAUACACUGGGGUCUCAUGAGGAAAUAAAUCGCCGGCUCACUACAAAAGGUUUAACGAAGGUGACGUCAUCGGCGGAGAGUGAUGUCAUCAUUGCUUUCUGUCCCAUUGUCUCUCGUGCCGGGACUGAUAUUGAAGCAGCACUGCAGCAGAUUCCUGCUGGUAAACCUACCAUUUUGGUAGUGAAGCAUCACACCUUCAACCCAGACUACACGGUACCUGACAGCAGCAGACUAGUGACCAGAGGUGAUGUAAUACUCACAGUGGACUGUCUCUUCCAUGAGAGCCAGGGACUAUUGGAGUGUCAUCGCAAUGAAGCAGCAUUCAAAAAGAUUGUGGACAUAAUACUGCCAAUGGAUGACUGGGAGAUUAUUGAAGCCAGUGAAGCCGGUGAAGCCAGUGAAGCCCUUGAGCAUAAAAUCUUGGAGCAGGAUUUUCCAAAAGAGUUGAAGAUGGAGAAAUUCUUUACCAUUCUGACUGGGAAUACACUGGGGUCUCAUGAGGAAAUAAAUCGCCGGCUCACUACAAAAGGUUUAACGAAGGUGACGUCAUCGGCGGAGAGUGAUGUCAUCAUUGCUUUCUGUCCCAUUGUCUCUCGUGCCGGGACUGAUAUUGAAGCAGCACUGCAGCAGAUUCCUGCUGGUAAACCUACCAUUUUGGUAGUGAAGCAUCACACCUUCAACCCAGACUACACUGUACCUGACAGCAGCAGACUAGUGACCAGAGGUGAUGUAAUACUCACAGUGGACUGUCUCUUCCAUGAGAGCCAGGGACUAUUGGAGUGUCAUCGCAAUGAAGCAGCAGUCAAAGAGAUUCUGAAGAAGCUUAAUAUACAUCCUGAGAUUGCAGUUUCUUCCUUUUACCCUCGUAUCAUCUGGUUGGCAAAAGAUUGGUUGGCCAGAGUGACUGAGGCUUACACUGCAACAGUUGAAGUGCCUGUUUGCAAUCAUGAAGUGCAACAUUAAGAUGAAGCACAUUGCUCCCCAGCCUUUAAGAUAUAAUAAUGAGCGAAUAAGUGGAUUGAAGUCUGAUUUUGAAAAAUGUCUAUUCAUAGUCAAAACAUUUGACAAUUUAACCCUAGAAAUAUAACUAACUAUAAGCGUUAGAAUAUGCACUUAUAGCCUAAGUGAGUCUAGAACAGCUAAAGUGUGUUUUGUCAAAAUUGCUUAAUAAUUAACUCCAUUAAUGUGGAUAAGUAUAAAGAUAAUGUAAUAUAAUGCUUGAGACAACUUUUGAUGGGAGUAUAAAUAAAUAUAUACUACCUGCCAACAGUUUUAGAACACCUACAUUCAAGGGUUUUUCAAUAUUUUUACUAUUCGUUUACUAUUUAUAAUAGUGAAGACAUCAAAACUAUGAAAUAACACAUAUGGAAUCAUGUAGUAACCAAAA